UAGCACAGAUUAGCGAGUUUGUUGACUAAACUUUCGCCUUUCGUCGUUCUCCCGCUCAACUGUAAAACAGUGACACACCAAAAAUGGACCACAGCGGGAAAGAAAAGGAAGCAAACGCCUUAAUGGCCGAGGCUGAAAAGAAAACGAAAUCGUCGCAGUCGUUUUUCGCGUCGAUGUUUGGGGGUUCCUCCAAGAUGGAAGAGGCCUGUGAUGUAUAUGUGAGAGCAGCCAACAUGUACAAAAUGGCCAAAAACUGGUGUGCUGCAGGAAAUGCGUUCUCCCAAGCUGCUGCCCUUCACCAGAUGCAGAGCAAACAUGAUGCAGCAACUAACCUUAUAGAGGCUGGAAAUGCCUUCAAAAAAGCAGAUCCACAAGAGGCCAUAAACUGCCUAAACCGAGCUAUUGAGAUAUACACUGAUAUGGGGCGCUUUACCAUCGCAGCCAAACAUCACAUCACCAUUGCUGAAGUAUAUGAGACAGAGUUGGUGGACAUUGACAAGUCCAUCGCUCAUUACGAACAGGCAGCAGAUUAUUACAAAGGUGAAGAAGCCACCAGUUCAGCAAACAAGUGCCUUCUGAAAGUAGCAACCUACGCAGCUCAGCUGGAGCAGUACCCAAAAGCGAUUGAAAUCUAUGAACAGGUCGGAACCCACGCAAUGGACAGUACGCUCCUGAAAUACAGUGCCAAGGAUCACUUCUUCAAGGCGGCGCUCUGCCACUUCUGUGUAGACACGCUGAAUGCAAAUCUUGCUGUGAGGAAGUAUGAGGAAAUGUUUCCAGCCUUUUCAGACUCCCGAGAAUGCAAGCUGUUGAAGAAACUUCUAGAGGCCUGCGAAGAACAGAACGUGGAUGCCUAUACUGAUGCGGUGAAGGAAUAUGACACCAUUUCACGGCUGGAUCAGUGGCUCACCACCAUGCUUCUCCGCAUCAAGAAAACCAUACAGGAUGAUGAGAGUGACCUUCGCUGACUUCCCUACCUGCUCAUGACCUCAAGCCCUCAACAACCAACUUGCAUCCUUCUUUUUCCUUGAGCCUCUCACUUCCAUUCUAGCAGCAAUCUGGAUUGUUUGACCUUUAACCCCUUAUGUUCCCUCACAGACUGUUUGUUGCCCGUCUGCAGUAUUUCUUAUUCCCUUUUUAAUCUGCUUAACUCAAUGCUUCAAAAAUGAUGGAACGAACACUAUUUUCCCCCUCUGCACACAUUAUGUUAGCUGUACAUUUUUAUGAUCCAGGUAUUGGCCCAAUAUUAGUUUAAAUAUUCAUUAUGGCUACAAUACCAAAUACUCAUACCAGCACACUUAUAUGAUAGUGGUUUUAUUUUUAUUUUCCUUGUUAUGAAAUGGAUGAGAGAAAGCCAAUUUACUAACUUUAAGCUACCAAUACAGGAUGUGCUGUAGAGUAAACUUAACUGACCAAAAUGCAGAUAUAGACUAAAGCACACAUUGGUUUUUGGUACUUUUGGUGUGCUCGAGUAUACUGUAGGUCACAUAAGGGCACCUCUAAUUAAACAGCACUUCAUCUCAGCUACAGAGCUCCUCUCCAAGCAGAGAGGCUGAGAGUUUCUGAGAUUAUUCCAUGGCAAAUACCCCCUUUGCCUUAUACUGCAAAGUUCUCAGGAUGUAAACAGCUAGAUUUGAUGAAAGAAAAGAAAAAAAAAACAUUCAUGCUUUUAGACAUCUUGUCAUUAAUUUGCUAAUUGUUUUUGCCAUUUAAAGUGCUUUUAUUUCAUGAACAAAGGUGAAAGGAGCUAAUCAUCUUUGUUAACAUUUGCAUGGUUUGGUAAGGAUGAGAAAGCUAGAGCAGCCAUUUUCCACUGUAUAGAAUUUAUUACUCAAGUGUGUGUGUGUGUGUGUGUGUGUGUGUGUGUGUGUGUGUGUGUGUG